AUGAUGCUCCUCCCCCAGUUUUCAGAAUCUGGUGAUCAAGAUGGUGGUCCUUCUAGAUCAAGUUACAAAACGCCAAAGAAAACACCUAAUGGUAGGCAACAUAAAAUUCAAGCAAAGGAAGAUCUGUCCCUAACCUAUGAUGAGGAUUUUGAUGAUCUUUUCACCUAUACACCUAAUGAUAAGCAACCUAUGAGUCAAGAAAAGGAGGAUGUCCAGGAAAAAGAGAAUGCCAAUGAGGUGAAGGUGAAUGAAAGAGAUACUUUAAAGGAGUUGUUGCUAUCUAAAUAUACACAUGUUGAUGCAGUGGAUGCUAUAAAAGAGGUAAGUGUUGUUACAUUAUUUAGGGCUUUCAUAUUGUAG